GGCGGUGCCGCAUGCGCAAUAGAAGGAGCCGAGGCGCUGUGUGUGUUGCUGCCUAAACUCUUCCGGUCCGAAGUCUUCUUCUGGCCGAGAGGGAGCCGGGCUGGCGGCUUUGGGGCUCUUGGAGUUGGGUGGACGGCGUCUUGGGGCCCAGAUGAGCCAAUGGCAUCCUGCACACUACCUUUGGGGCCACAGAGGCGUCUUUUCCGGACGGCCCUCCGGCGAGAGGAAGGGUGGAAGCCACGCCCCCGAAAGGUGGAAAGACUAUAUCCCAGUUGGACAGCGGAUGCCAGGAACCCGUUUCAUUGCUUUCAAAGUUCCUUUGAAAAAGAGUUUUGAAGAGAAUCUUGCUCCAGAAGAAUGUUUUUCCCCCUUGGAUCUUUUUAACAAAGUCCAAGAACAGAAUGAAGAACUUGGACUGAUUGUUGAUUUAACAUAUACUCACCGCUAUUACAAGCCAGAGGACUUACCAGAAACUGUUCCUUACUUAAAAAUUUAUACAAUUGGGCAUCAGGUACCUGAUGAUGACACCAUUUUUAAAUUCAAAUAUGCUGUUAAUGGGUUUUUGAAAGAAAAUAAAGAUAAUGACAAACUUAUUGGCGUCCACUGUACCCAUGGUGUAAACAGGACUGGCUACCUCAUCUGCAGAUAUUUGAUUGAUGUAGAAGACAUGAGGCCAGAUGAUGCAAUUGAAUUAUUCAACAGGUGCCGAGGACAUUGCUUGGAAAGACAAAACUACAUUGAGGACCUUCAGAAUGGGCCCAUCAGAAAGAAUUGGGAGUCCAGUGUAUCCAGAUCAAGUGGUUUUGAAGACACAACACAUCUGAUGGAACCAGUCCACACCACUAAUAAGUCUGUUAACCAAGAACCUAGGUAUAACCUACAUCGAACACAAGGUUACAGAACACCUUCUCGGCAUUUCCACAUACAGAAUCAAGGUUUGCAGCAGUCAAUAAGAAAAUUUUCACCAUAUCAGGAUGUUUACCGGAGAGACCGUAUCCCUCCUCCUGGUCCCCCGGGAGGAGACUAUUCUCAGAAUAGGUACUCUUGGAAUGUAAAGCCAAAUGCCAGUCAAGCAACCCAGAAUAAAAGGUGGUCUUCUGGCAGUUACUACAGACUCUCCUAUCCAACCUAUUGUGGAUGGACUGAGUGACACAACCCUAUCCUGGAAAUCUGGAGACAGAGCAGGACUGAAGACAGCUGGAAUGACUUUUUAUCAGAGCAGGUCAAAUGAGGUUUAUAAUCUGUUUUAUUGCUCCCUUAUAUGUUCAAGUGUAAGGAAAAAUUGUAUUGAUAUUUACCUCUUUGCUCAUAAAUUUGCACUACUUGCAACAGUGAAGGAAAUAAUCUGUCAUUCCAGUCUUAAAUUUUUUUAAAGGUGAUAUUUUAGAAGUGAUAAAGUAGUAAAAGAACUUCCUUUGUAAAUUAUUUUUUUAAAAUUCUAUCUUUUCUAUGUAUUUCCUUCUAACUAGACUUGUGAUAUGAAUGUGUGAAGGUGCAGACAUUUUUAAUGUUUUUGUCAUGUUCUGUCAUUGAGCCGAUCAGUCAUAAGGGUAUCUGUUACCCCAACUGUUGAAGGUUUCUAUUAGAAUCUACCUGAGAGACAAUCUCUUUAGAACCUGAUCACUAUUUGUAAUUAGCUGUGGUAUUUUUAUGAUUAGGCAUUUCUUUCUUUGGCCAUCUACUGUGGGAUUUGACUGACUUCCUUUAACUGAAUUUUCAGGGUGCCAUCUAAACACAAGAAUGGAUAAAUUCUGAGGGAUUGAUUGUCAAUUUAUUGAUUGUCACUUUGGUUUUAUUGAUAAGCCAGAAAUGCUGGGUAGUUUACCUAAAAGGGUAAUUGUUAAUCGACUGGGUAGAUCUAUUCAGAAAACUUGAAAACUUGUAUAUAUAUAUACGACUAUAAAAUUUGCUUACUGAGCAGAAUAGGAUACAACAUUAAAAGCCUGGGAUAUCUGGGAAGA